GAAAUACAGCUUCUGUUAUUCCAGUUUAGGAAGCGUCAGAAAGGUUACAAUAGUUUAUAUUUGUAUCCAAGAAGGUCAUCGAGACAGACAUGGUAGGCGGGCCACCUGAGAUAAUGUUUAGAAUGACACAGGUAAAGAGAUUAUUAGUAUGGAAGGCAAGACUUGAGGUAAACAGUGAUGAAGAGACUCCAUUCUAGAACAGAAGCAGAAACCACUGGCACUGAGGAGGACAACAGUGAACAAGAUGAGUCCUCAUCCCUUAGGGCGUCAUGGUCCUGGUCGGACACCAUGAAUUACGUGGGGCAGUUGGCUGGUCAGGUGCUGGUGACCAUGAAGGAGCUGUAUAAGGGUAUUAACCAGGCCACACUCUCCGGCUGCAUUGAUGUAGUAGUGGUCCGCCAGAAAGAUGGAACCUACCAGUGCUCUCCUUUCCAUGUGCGCUUUGGCAAACUGGGUGUGCUGCGUUCCAAAGAAAAAGUGAUUGACAUAGAGAUCAACGGGGAGCCUGUGGAUCUCCACAUGAAGCUGGGAGAUAAUGGAGAAGCUUUCUUUGUACAGGAAACCGAGGAGCAGAAUGAGAUUGUACCAGCACACCUGGCCACCUCCCCCAUUCCCACAGAGAGUCACUUAUUUUGGAUCGGAGGCGAUCAUAGGUCAAGUCAAAACCUGGACGAUGACCCACUUGAUCCAGAGGACCCUCCUGAUCGACCAGUUGCCAGCACAGGGGGAGCCAAGAAGAAGAAGAAACGGAGAAAGAAGCAUAAAGGUGAUCCCCGGCGAGAGGAGUUCACCCCCCCUGCCGUUAUCAGCUCUACCCCUUCCACAGAUGAAAUAUUUGAGAUGGACCUGAGUUCUGAUGAAGACGCUAUUUCCAACACUAGAUCAUCUUCAGUCAGUACAGUUAAAGAAAGUGAACCCAAAUUACCAACAAUUCGACAUUCUUUGGACAGCUACCCUUACUCUGACGGAGACUGGUCUCCAUCAGAUAGUCAUGCUAUGUCAGAGGCCUUUUCUCCCAAGAGUGACUCUGAACUGGUUGUUCGGCCCUCAGAGAGCCUUCUCAAAAUGGAGUCACACAUGCAAUGGACAUGGGGAGAGUUUCCAGAAUCUACAAGGGUUUCUAAAAAAGAAAAGAUAGAGCUGCCGAAGACCGUGACCAUAACGCCUUCAGAAAACACUCACUUCAGGGUCAUCCUCAGCUCAGAGGCCAUGGAGACGGAUGAAAGAGAACCUACAUCAGGCACUCCAAGUUGCACCAUAGUCAAGCCUGAACCCCGCACUCCUGUGACCCCUAAAACUCCCACUGAGUCUGAGUUGGAGACGAUGCCUUGUGAAGUGCUGACCUCCACUCCUUCAGACAUUCUCACUGCUGCUCCCACUUCUCCAGCCGCUGUCUCUGCUGCUCCUUUGGGUGGGGACAUUGGAGAUGUUGGUUCCAAAACUGACUCUCCUUCCAAGAAGAAAGGUGUCCCAAAAAGGAGUCAGCACCAGGGCCCAGAGGACAUCUACCUGGACGACCUGAAUGUGCUGGAGCCUGAUGUUGCUGCUCGCUAUUUUCCUAAGAGUGAUUCAGAUGCUGGUUCCAAGCACUGGAUGGAUUCUGGGAUGCACUCUGGCUCUCAGUCACCACAGUCUGUGGGCAGUGCUGCGGCUGACAGUGGCACCGAGUGCCUGUCUGACUCUGCCAGUGAUCUCCCUGACGUCACCCUGUCUCUGUGUGGAGGACUCAGCGAGAAUGGAGAGAUUUCCAAAGAAAAAUUUAUGGAGCAUAUCAUCACAUAUAAUGAAUUUGCAGAAAAUCCAGCCAUCAUAGACAAUCAAAAUUUAGUUGUUAAAAUAGGAAACAGGUAUUAUAAUUGGACACUGGCCGCCCCUUUAAUCUUAAGCUUGCAAGCAUUUCAGAAGAAUUUACCCAAGGCAACUGAGGAAGCUUGGGUGAAAGAGAGGAUGCCAAAGAAAUCAGGGCGCUGGUGGUUCUGGAGAAAGAGAGCAGACAGCACUAUUAAACAGUCAGAAAGCACUGGAAAGCUGGAAGCAAAGCAGUCCCAACUGGAGGAAGGGAGCUCUUCUUUGUCCAUGGAAAGUCAUGCCCGCAAAGUGGACACCAGGGACUCAUCCAGUGAUGAGGAAGGGAAGGAGGUGAGCGCUGCUGCAUCAUCAAUGGAGCGCAAGAUCCAGUCUGAGCCCCACGGCCACACAUCCACACACUCUUACCGAAAAUCCCUCCGCCUCUCCUCCAGCCAGAUUGCUAGUUUGAAGCUGAAGGAAGGACCCAAUGAUGUGAUGUUCAGCAUCACAACACAAUACCAGGGCACAUGCCGCUGUGAAGGCACCAUCUACCUGUGGAACUGGGAUGACAAAGUCAUCAUCUCUGACAUCGAUGGAACCAUCACCAAAUCAGAUGUGUUCGGCCAGAUUUUGCCGCAGUUUGGAAAGGACUGGACCCAUCAAGGCAUUGCUAAACUGUACCACUCGGUGGCUGAGAAUGGAUAUAAGUUUCUGUAUUGCUCAGCAAGGGCAAUUGGCAUGGCAGAUAUGACACGAGGGUAUCUGCAGUGGGUAAAUGACGGAGGUAUAAUCCUGCCACGUGGACCACUCAUGCUCUCUCCCAGCAGCCUUUUCUCAGCAUUUCACAGGGAGGUGAUUGAAAAGAAGCCAGAAAUCUUCAAAAUCGAAUGCCUUACUGAUAUCAAGAACCUUUUCCUGCCCAACAAACAUCCUUUUUAUGCCGCAUUUGGGAACCGAACAAAUGACGUCUUUGCCUAUAAGGAGGUUGGAGUGCCAGUUUGCAGAAUCUUUACGGUUAACCCCAAAGGAGAGCUCAUACAGGAGCAAACCAAGGGCAACAAGUCCUCGUACAGCAGAUUGAGUGAGCUGGUGGAUCAUGUCUUUCCUUUGCUGAGUAAAGAGCAAAGUUCUGCUUUCAGUUUCCCGGAAUUCAGUACCUUCUGUUUCUGGCGUCAGCCAAUCCCGGAGAUCCGUCCAGAGGACCUACUUUUAUAGACCAUCCUGAAGGCCCAUCUAUUACCUGCUCGCGUCAUCUCUGCCUUCAGAAGCACUUAGCCGGUACUUUUCAGCAUCUCACAUCUAUAGUUUUUAUUCCCCCACACCACCUGAGAAACAUGAACUGCACAAAAACACCUGUAAGAACCAGCGUGAGAGAAAACUCCAAAACACAACCCGGUGUCACAUUAAUGGGAUGCACGCAGAACUUCCACAAAUUAAACACCUGGUGCUGCUCUUAAACAAGAUUUCUAAUCUGUAUCAUUUUGAUUAGCUGCUAUGAUUUAGGCUGCUUCAGCUCUUGAAGGAAUUUCUUGCUAAUGGGCUAAUGUUUACAGUAUUAGUUAGACAGCCAGUGGCCUCUUGGCCAACGGAACGAGUACACAGCUGUUUGUCUGAGUGUGUGUGUGAGGUUAAACGUGGCAUAAAGAUACGUUUAUAAUGGAAAGUAAUUAACGAUAUUCUUUACAACCACUAAUUUACAACUGUAGAUCAUAGCUUAUUUAUAUACAAAGGUAUUAGUUAGAAUUAACUAAUUAACAUGCACUGCCUCUAAGAUGUGGUGACUGUAUGACAGUUUGAAUAUGCAUUGCCAGAUGGUGCGAAAUGAGCUCUGAAUCUCGGAGAUACUGGAAAGUAUGCACAGAAUGAGCCGUGCCACGCGAGGACACGCAGCUCAUCAUUUACAGUUCAACAGAUUUAGCUCAUACAGUCGACUAGAUUCACAUGAAAAGUACACAGAGGAGUUCAUUGUAAUUGGGCUUUUCUUUAUUUCCAACUGUUGACAUUUUCAUCGUCUGGUUGCUGCAGAACGCCUUAGCGAUCGCACUUUUUCAGCUGGAGCCUAGAGAAGAGAAAUAUCAGAUAGUCUUGCACUCAACUCGUGACGGAAAUGCAAUAACGUUCAAAGCUUUUCUGCAGGCUUAUGUGCACAGUGCAAGGAUUUAAGUGCUUUUAGAUCCUUCAUGUAAACCUCAGCAAGAGGUCUGUAUUAACUUAAUAAUAUAUUUGCUUUCUAAAUGAAGGUAUGUUGUAUGUUGAGCUGGCCUGAGGCCUGUGGGAGAGUAGCAGUAACAAAUGCUCUUGAACAUUUUUGUUUGUUUGUUUUUCCACUUACCAGGCCUUUGCAUGCUUCGUUUGGAAUAUAAAGAUGACCGUUUAUGUUUUGACGCUUUCUUUUUCGGGUAGACAUUCCGAAGGGUCGUCACGUUGUACAUUUUCAAUAUUAGUGGAUGAUCUUGAGCAGUAGAAACUAAUUAUUUGAAAACAUUGAAGCUGAUGUGCAAGUGAAUGAUGAGAGUGAUCUGAUCUUUCCACUUGGUCACGGUUGACUGAAGUAACAUGCCCUUUUUUCCGUCUAGUUUGUCAUUAAGGUCUCGGCUUGUACCUUUAGGCUUUGGUAGCGUUAGGAUAAGUUUUAGGGCACUGUGUGCUGGAUGUUUAAAUAGAUGUACAGAAUUAGAGCACAACAAAUUAUUUCUUUAAGGCAAAUCAUUAGGGAAUAUCGGGGCAUUUCAUGGUUCAGUUGUGAUUGUGAUUUUGUAUAUGUGUGUUGCGCUUCUUGUCUGCAGUUAUGAUGUUUGGAAGUGAAAUCUGUUAAUUGUUAACAAAGGAAUCCCAUUCUUUCUAUGAAAGUAAUACCUCUUGUGUGGGAUGAACACACUCAUCUUGUAUGAAACUAACAAUUGUAAAAAGACACAGAAAAAAAAUGUUAUGAAAAAAAGCCUCUUCUUUCUUUUGUUGUAAGUGCUGAAUGUGUUUUGUCAUUCUUCUUGAUCUUCGAUGCCUUUUGUUUUACUUGCUUUUAUUUCUAGUUGUGUGUACUUGAGUGAGAUGGUGCGUGUUUUGGGUUCGCUCUAUAGGUUUGCAUUGAGUUUGACCAGCUUAUAUACAGUACCUUGAAAUGGAUAAUUGUAUUAUAAAUUUACAAAAACUAUGGUUUGGAUGAUGUUUAUGAAUCUAUUAAAGAUGUAUUUAAUACA